AAAAGGUACAGCUUGGCUGUUGGUCCUCCCAAAAAGGUUCCAAAAGUCAAGGGUGUAGAGUCUGCAGCAGUGCAAGCAUUUCUCAGACGGCAAGAAGAAGAAAAAAGAAAAAAAGCACUGGAAGAAAGAAGAAAGAAAGAACAACUCUUGGCUAAGCGUAUUGAACUGAAACAUGACAGAAAGGCAAGAGCUAUGGCCUCACGAACAAAGGAUAAUUUUUAUGGCUACAAUGGCGUUCCUGUUGAAGAGAAGCCUAAAAAGAGGAGGGCUUGUGAGAAUGUCACUCAGGCCCCAGAGGCUGAGUAUGCAAUGGAAGAUGAAACUGAGCAACUUGAAUACAGUCAGACUGAAUCUGAGCAUGAGCAAGAAGAAUAUGAAGAGAAACCAUCCAAAGUUUCAGUGAAACCAAAGGCACCUCCCAAAAGCGCACCAGCACCUCUGAACUUUGCAGAACUCUUAAAGCUUGCUGAAAAAAAACAAUAUGAACCAGUGGAAAUAAAAGCAGUCAAAAAGGUAGAAGAGAGACCAAGAACAGCAGAAGAAUUGAGAGAGAGGGAAUAUUUGGAACGCAAAAGGAAAAGAGUAGAAAUACAUAAGAAAAGUGAGAAUGAGAUUAAGAAUACAGGGAUAUCCAAUUCUUCAAAAAAAGCGACUUCUCAGAAAGAAUCUGUAAAUGCAAAACUUAACAAAAGCUCAGAUAAACAUUCCACACGAAAAGGCAGUCUCUCAUCUUCUGUGAGUGGUACUGAUAAGAAAUCCAAAGCACCAGCAUUGACUGAAAAACACUCAUGGUCAUCACCUUCUUCCAGAUUUGAUCAAGUGGAAAAAAACUCACAAAAUGUCUCCUUCAAAAGCUCUGCUGGUAGCAGUCAUGGUAAAUUACCUGUCAAUGGUGUUGGAAAGUCUGGCUCAAGCUCUCAUGUGCCAUCCUCAAAACCAGCAGCCAAUGGGUCUCAGAGGCUACCAACUGCUAAAGAAUCCAGCCUGAAAAAGUCUGCCCAUACAAAAUCAGGAAAUGCUGCAGGCCUUCAGCAUGGAGUCAACUCCAAUGCGAAACGAUCAGGCAGCAGCUUAGGAAAAGGAGGACCUGGACAUCCAGGUGGCGGUUCAAGUGCAGGACCUGGGCGGGCGAGCAGCAAUUCUGGCGUGGGACCUGGAAGGCCAGGAAGUGGUUUAAGCCCAGGACCUGGGCGACUGGGUGGUGGCUCAGCUACAGGACCUGGAAGGCCAGGCAGCAGCUCAAGCACAGGACCUGGGCGACCAGGCAGCAGCUUGGGCACUGGACCAGGAAGGCCAGGCAUCGGCACAAAUGCAGGACCUGGGCGACCAGGUGGCAGCAGCACAGGUACAGGACCAGGAAGGCCGGGAGUCAGCCUAAGCACUGGCCCCGGGCAACCAGGCAGCAGCUUGGGAACAGGACCGGGAAGACCAGGGAUCGGUCCAAGCACAGGAGUCAAGCGACCGGGCAGCAGCUUGGGAACUGGCCCAGGAAGGCCAGGCGUCAGCCCAAGCACAGGACCUGGGCGACCAGGCAGCGGCUUGGGUACCGCUGUAAAGCCGAAGUGUACUGUUGUAUCAGAGACUAUUUCUUCUAAAAACCUAGUCACAAGACCUAGCAAUGGACAGAUAAAUGGAAUGAGAUCUUUUCAAGGGCAUAGACCUGUGCAUCCACAAGGUCUUAGAAGACCACCUAUGGGUUACAAGAGACAAAUAGAAGAUGAUGACGAUGAUGACGAGUAUGACUCUGAAAUGGAUGACUUCAUUGAAGAUGAAGGGGAACCCCAAGAAGAAAUAUCAAAACAUAUUCGGGAAAUAUUUGGCUAUGACCGGAAAAGAUACAAAGAUGAAAGUGAUUAUGCCUUACGUUAUAUGGAGAGCAGCUGGAGGGAGCAACAGAAAGAAGAAGCUAGGAGCUUGAGACUUGGUGUUCAGGAGGACUUAGAAGAAUUGAGACGGGAAGAAGAAGAAUUAAAACGCAAGAGACAGUCUAAGAAGCUGAGGACACGUUAACUGACUUAUGAUGUUGACUUUGUUCGUUUUCCUGCUACCCUCUGCCUCCAUGCAUCUCUUAUUCUACUUCAGUUUCCAUUUGCUUGUUAGAAGACAAAAGAAUAUUUAAAGGGAUUAAAAGUAUUGAAAAGCAAGG